CUGUUCUGCCUUUCCCUUGCUCUAGUUAACACAAGGAUUGCUCCCUCCUUGCACUCUUGGGAACAUUAGCCUUCAUGCAGGAGAAGAGGAGAUUGUAGAAACUAAGCACUUACAAUAAGAUGUGGGCAGAAGCCCAGGAAGGCCUCAACAAUCUGCUCCAGACAGAGACAGAAGAUAAGUCCCCAAAGCCACUGAAAGAUCACCCUAUAGUGUUCCAAAUGUUAGCCACUUUCUACGUCAAGUAUGUGCAAAUCUUCCAUAACUUGGAAACUGCCUAUGACCAGAUUGUUCAUCCACAAAAACGGUUAGUGAUUCGGCAAGUCUUGGAAGGAGUGAUGGGCCGUAUCCUGGAGCUGAAAAAUGAAAUGGUCGAGUUGGAGAACUCAGAAUUCCAUUACUUUGAUGAUAUCCUGCAGGAUCAGAAACUGUGCCCUGAGCAUAUAGAAAUCCCUAUCCCAAGGUACUUUAUUAAGGAAAAACUCAAGGUCCUGAAGGAGAGGGAGAAAAUCCUUGCUCAGAUUUUAGUUAAUGCUGGAUUGCAAGACAUUGAACCGAAGAAACAUAUAAAGGUCAUGACUUUUGAAGAAGCCAUUAGAAUCAUCCAGAUCUCUGAGCGGGCUCGGCAAGGUCGCCUAAGGGCUGAAUUCAUGAAACAAAUCUACCUGGAAGAAAAGAGAGAAAGACAAGCUAGACUCCAUAGUGGGAAAAGUCCAAAUCUGGAUGCUUCUGCAGUUUGUAUUCAAAAGGUUUGGCGUGGUUAUAUCCAGAUGAAGAGAACUGAGAAAAUUAGAGAAGAGGAAAUGAUAUUUCUGGGAAUGAGCCCACCUCCACAUUUCCAUAGAAUUAGUGCUUCAUUAAUGCAAGCCCAGAGAGUGGAAGCCAUGAGAUGUGAGGUCCAGGAGAAGCAUGAGGAAGAGUACAAGAAAGCUCUGGUAGCCAUCAAGAACCGUUUGAGAGAAAUGGAGGGUCCUGAUAUCAAGGAAAGUCUCCAAGAGCAGAUACGCCAAUGGUUCAUUGAGUGCCGGCACAUUACAGGCAAGUUUCCUGACUACCCUGAUGAAGAGGAUGGAGGUUCAAUUGUUAUUUUUUCUCAGAAAACCCCAGAACAGGUUGCUGCUGAACUGGCUGCUAAAGAAGAAGAACUACAGAAAAAAUCCAAAGACAAGGGGAAAAAGGGGAAAAAAGAAAAGGAGAAAAAGAAGAAAGGGAAAGAAAAAGGAAAAGAGAAACAAGAAAAGAAGGCUAAUGAAGAAAAGGAAGGUUGGAAAAUGGCUCCUAGUAAUUUUCUUCCUAUAAUGGAAGAAGGAAACAACUGGUACAAAGUGUUAUUGGUUCCUAUUUACUGCACCUUGCCUACCUCAUUUGCAACUAGCCCUCAGUACAUUUUACUACCUUACAAGAUAGAUGUUUGGCAGCACAGAGAGGAGGGAUGGAAUUUUCAUCAGGAGUAUGACCCAGAACUAGUCAAAGAAGAAAAGCGGAAAGAAGUGAAGGAAGAAAUCAGAGUGCAGGUUGAUGAGCUCAUGAGACAGGAACUGAAGAAUUUAAAACUGGCAGUAGACAGAGAGAAGGACAAGAAGAAAAGAAGUGGAAAGAAGAAAAAGAAAAAAGGGACGAAGGAUGGAAAGAAGAAAAAAUCUAAGAAAGAGAAAGAUCUAACUCCUGACAGAACCAUCGAUUCUCUCUACAAAGAGCUAGUAGAAGGAGGAUUAUUAAUAAAGCCGAAGACUGUGAAACUCUCCGAUUAUGUUGGCGAGUACAGCUAUCUGGGGACUACACUUCGUCAGGUAGAUAUAGAGCCAAUGCCCUCUCUCGCAGAUGUCAGACAGCUAAUAGCACUGUAUGGAAUACUGCCAUUAGGCUCUCAAGCACUACAUGAGAAGUCUCCACUGGUGAAAGCUCUCCUGCUAGCUGGUCCUGCAGGAGUAGGAAAGAAAAUGCUAGUCCAUGCUCUCUGCACAGAAACAGGAGCCAACCUCUUCAACUUGUCUGCCUCUAACAUUGCAGGAAAAUACCCAGGCAAGAGUGGCCUGCAAAUGCUGCUCAACAUGGUAUUUAAGGUGGCUAAGCAACUGCAGCCUUCAGUCGUGUGGAUUGGAAACACAGAAAAAACGUUUUACAAAAAAGUGCCGAAGGCUGAAAAAGAGAUGGAACCUAAGCGUUUGAAGAAGAAUCUCCCCAAAAUUCUAAAAAGUUUGAAAGCAGAGGACAGAGUGCUGAUUGUGGGGACCACCACCCGACCCUUUGAUGCUGACCUCAGACCCUUCUGCAAAGUGUAUAAAAAAAUCAUACUGAUUCCCAGGCCAGACUAUGCUUCAAGAUUUGCCUUAUGGAAACACAUCAUUCUGCAGAAUGGAGGCUCUCUGUCCAAAUCACCAACCAUUAGUUGCCUGGCAAAAAUGUCUGAUGGUUUCACCCAGGGACACAUUAUCUAUGCAGCGCAAACUAUCCUCAGCGAACGACGCAUCAGGCAGUUGAACAGAAAACCACUAACAGCUGUUGAGCUCAUGGGUGCCCUGGCCAGGCAGGACCCAGUAUACAAAGAGGAAGAAGAUAUGUUCAAGGCUUGGUAUGCCAAGACACCCUUGGGAAAAGCACGAGCCAAAGCACUAAUGGAAGGUGAGGAACCAGGAAAGGCAAAAGGAAAAGGAAAGGAUAAAAGAAAAAAGAAAGGAGAAAAGAAAGGAAAAAAGAAGUGAUUUCCUAGAUGAGACUCCUCAAAGAACACAUCGACAAUCACCAAUCCAUGUUUCUAAGGAGGAGGUUAAAAAGAGAAAAGAGGUGAAACCAAAUCCCAAGUGUGUGUGUGACUUCACCGAAGAAUUUAUUUCUAAAUGUAUCCUAGAGAAAAAGUUACAGUAUGAAAUAACACACCAGUGUGACUUUUAACUCUCAGGAUAAAGAGUUAAUGACCACUGAAUUUCUCAAGCAUCACUGAUUUUAACAGGUUAGGGUUUUUGUUUUUUUAAUUACUUAAAACUGUAUCAGUCCAUCAAUAUUUAGUCAAAACUCCUCAUUUAUUUCAAUGAGGAAUUCUGUUUAAAAAUUGAUGUCACAUUAAAGUUCCUCAAUUAUUUUAAACUGUAUACUUUCUAAAACUAACCCUUUUACAUACUUGUGUGUCUAAUAUAUUAUAAUUCCCAAUAAACCAGUUAAAA